AUGCUCUACAACGGUUCCACCCGCACCAGAAACGUAGUAGGUAUAGAUGUUUCGGAGGCUCUAAGAAGCAAUAUAGUGGACGUUGAGCGCAUAAGCGAUAAUCUGAUGAGCAUAAAGAUGGAUACUGGAAAACAGGUCCUACGAGUAAUCACCGUCUAUGCGCCACAAGUCAGAUGUAAGGACGAUGAAAAGGACGCAUUCUGGCAAGAGUUGAUGACCACAUCAUUCAUUUUCACUGGAUGA